CAGAAGAGGCGGGAGAAGGCGUUCCGAUGGAUCAAGGGUGUCGCCGUUGUGGCUCCCAUUCGAAGGCGACGGCGGUCGUCUGUAUUUCGGUUCAAAUCUCUCUAGAAAACACAAAUUAACUCGAACAGACGCCGAAUUUGUGACACUUUCGCGCGUGGCUUCUCUGCGGUUCUUCUCUGUCGAGCUUCGCGCGGGGCUCCUGGAAUGUCGGGGUGUGCGGAGAAUUUGAAUUAGCUCGCCAUUAGUUUUGAAGAAAGAGUGAGUCGGGGUAGAGACAGAGAGGAGCCAUUUUGUCCCGACUGUGUGGGAGAAAAGAAAAGAGUGGAAAAGAGGAUUCACGCCGGAAGAGAUCUCAUUUUCGACUUUUGUUCUCAUGUUAUAAAAGCAAGACUCGGUCGGGCUUGGGAAUUUGAACUCUCGGAUACGUCAACUGGCACGUUAUUUGGGUGGUAUAUAGCCAACUAGCUUGCCAAGCUAAUCAACAAAUCCCAGCUUGUGAAACGUUUACCAGUUAGGAGGAGUGGAUCAAGUCGGCCAGGUUGGCCAAGGAGCUGGCUUUAGACUCUUCGCAGGCGUGCUAGUUCAUCUUACUUUGUUUUUUUGGGUUGAAUAUACUGGUUUUCGAUGGCGAAGAAGACGUACGACUUGCUGUUCAAGCUGCUGCUCAUCGGAGACUCGGGCGUGGGGAAGACCUGUGUGCUGUUCCGCUUCUCUGACGACGCUUUCAACACAACCUUCAUCUCUACCAUAGGAAUAGACUUCAAAAUCAAAACUGUGGAGUUACAAGGAAAGAAGAUCAAACUACAGAUCUGGGACACAGCGGGCCAGGAACGGUUCCACACCAUCACCACAUCCUACUACAGAGGAGCCAUGGGCAUCAUGCUGGUCUACGACAUCACCAACACCAAGAGCUUCGAAAACAUCAGCAAAUGGUUGCGUAACAUCGACGAGCAUGCAAAUGAGGAUGUGGAGAGAAUGCUGCUAGGCAAUAAGUGUGACAUGGAGGACAAGAGGGUCGUACCAAAAGCCAAGGGAGAGCAGAUUGCGAGGGAGCACGGCAUUAGGUUUUUUGAGACGAGCGCCAAGGCCAACAUCAACAUCGAGAAAGCUUUCCUCACGUUAGCAGAAGACAUUCUCAAAAAGACGCCCGUAAAAGAGCCCAACAGUGAAAACGUGGACAUCAGCAGUGGAGGCGGAGUCACAGGCUGGAAGAGCAAGUGCUGCAGCUGAACGCCGUACACAAAACGCACACACUCACACAAACACACACGUCUCCCUCUAACUGCUAACUGUCUCGCCCUCUAACCCGUCUCAUGAGUUUUCUUGUACACUGACGCCCCCGUGUACCUGACCAGAAUAAACCAAUAAGCCACUUCACUCAUCUUAACUCCUCCCCUUUCACUCUGCAUUCAGUCAUUUUUAUUUCUGAUAAAAAGAGAAAUCCAA